CCAACACCAGCAAAAUCUAUAGAAAUCCAAGAUCCUUCGUAGAUGGCCAUGGCGGGCGGCAGUGCCAUUGCGCUGGACAAAGCAGAGGGGCCUUGGGCGAGCAGCGCGGCAUGUAGUGCACAGGGCCCAAGGCCACAAAAUGAAGAUGUGCAUGUGAUGAUUUGCAAUGGUCUACCUGAAGGGCCGGCGCCCAACAUCAAGGCUGCUGGGCUGCCGGGCUUGUUCGACGACCUCCCGGAGCUGGUGAGUGGACCUUCCUUGCCGGCGGUGGAGAAACCUGAGGACCUCCGCUGCGACUGCCUUUUCGCCGUCUUCGAUGGCCAUGGGGGCGCCGCGGCCGCGCGCGCCUGUGCGGAGCGGAUCCCCACGGAGAUCCGCGAGGAGUUGGAUGCCUCCGGCCGCGACUCGCCGGAGGCGCGGCGGAGCGCGGUGCAGGGCACCUACCUGGCACUGGAUCGACAUUUGCGCAUCAAGUUGGGCUUUGCCGCGCGGGAGUGUGGCACCACCUGCGUGUUCGCCUAUGCUUGGAAAGAUGAGGAGAAGCCGGGAAAGAUUGGGGUGCUUCUUGCCAACCUGGGCGACUCGCGUGCGCUGAUUCUGAAGUCUACGGCCAAUGGCUAUGAGGUGGCGGGCGAGACGAAAGACCACACCCCCAGCGCACCGGAGGAGGAGAAGCGGAUCAAAGCGGCCGGCGGGAAGGUGGAAACUUUCCCUGGAAGCCGUGUCCCGGUGCUGCGGGUCGAUGGCUUUUUGGGCUGCUCAAGGGCGCUUGGGGAUUUCCGCUUCAAGGAGGAUGCUGCCCUGCUACCGGAGCAGCAAAAGGUCUCUGCUGUGCCGGAAGUUUACGAAUUCGAGUGCGAAAGCGGGGAUGCCAUUGUCCUGGCCUGUGACGGAGUCUUCGACGUGCUCAGCAGUAGCAAGGUGGCGAUGCUGGUGACCGGUGCGAGCGGCUCCAACGGUAGCACCUGCGAAGCAGCGGCGCGGAGCAUCGUGAAGGCCGCCUUGGCGGAUCCGAGACAGCAAGACAACGUGACCUGCGUGGUGGCGCGCUUCACCUAACCUGAGUCGCAACUGCUGGGU